UUGGAAAUUUGAAAAUUUCCAAUGUUAUCAACAAAAUUUGUUAAAUUUUCUCGAAGCAAAAUCAUCCAUGGUGUGAAUUACUUAGUUGUGCAGUGAGCUGGCCAGUCUCUAUCUGUUAAAUUUGUCGUAGAAAAAUAAGUUUAUGAAUUAAUUGCCAUGUCUCAACUUGUGUGAUAACCAUGCUGUGUUUUACAAAAACUGAAUUCUUACUCCCGUGAUUUCUCAAUUUUUUGUGUUUUUAUGGCAUUCUGGAGGCUGCGAUAUGGCCUCCAAAAUCCUGUCAUAUCAGAUUAUUAGACGGUUUUCUUCAGCAUGUCAAGCGGGGCAUGCCGAACCAAUAGUCAUCAGAGGUAUUGAGUACCCAAGAGAUAGCUUCACCAAUGUAACUCCCAAGAUUUUGUCCUUUAUUGGGAAAAAUAAGCAUAAUCAAGAGAAGCAUCCUCUGUGCUUGUUGAAGAAACGGAUCACCAAUUACUUCUAUACCAGAUUUGCAGGCAGGACCGGGAAUCCCAUUUUCUCCAUGUAUGAUAGCAUCCAUCCAGUUGUGACUGUUCAUGAGAAUUUUGAUUCCCUGUUAAUUCCUAAAGAUCAUGUGAGCAGAAGUAAGUCUGACUGCUAUUACAUCAAUGAGAAGAAUCUGCUCCGAGCCCAUACAACUGCUCAUCAAUCUGAGUUGAUAUCUAUGGGGCUUGACAAUUUUGUUGUUUUCGGAGACACCUACAGACGGGAUGAAAUUGAUUCCUCUCAUUAUCCUGUCUUUCACCAAGCUGAUUCUGUCCGGCUGUGCAAUCAAAAUCAGCUCUGUAUGCGGAUACAAAAUGAAAUAGAGGUAUUUGAGAAAAAACCAACAGAAGAAUUUUCUUACAAGCAGCCUGAGCACACACUUGACGCCUCCAAAGUGGUUGAACAAGAGCUUAAAGCUUUUCUAAUUGGUCUAACAGAGCAUUUAUUCGGAAAAGGAAUACAAUACAAAUGGACAGAUUCCUAUUUUCCUUUUACACAUCCCUCGUGGGAGUUAGAAAUUUAUUUUAAAGAUUCCUGGUUAGAACUACUAGGAUGUGGUUUAAUAAGACAUCAGAUACUGAAAAAUGUUGGCGCUGGAGAUCGAAUCGGUUGGGCAUUUGGCCUGGGCCUAGAGAGGCUUGCCAUGGCACUUUAUUCAAUUCCUGAUAUAAGGCUGUUCUGGAGUGAGGAUCCUGGCUUCCUGUGUCAGUUUGAUGUAGAAGAUGUUAAUAAAAAUGUGACCUAUAAGCCGGUCAGUGAAUAUCCUCCAUGCAUUAACGACAUCAGCUUUUGGCUACCAGAGACCCAAGAAUACUCUUCAAAUGAUUUUUAUGACCUGGUGCGAUCUGUAGGUGGAGACUUGAUUGAACAGAUAAGACUGAUAGACUCGUUCACACACCCAAAAAAAGGAACUACAAGUCACUGCUAUAGGAUAGUCUACCGUCACUUAGAGAAAACUUUGACCCAAGAAGAGGUCAAUCAAUUACAUAAAGCCAUUGAACUCGCAGCAGCUGAAAAUUUACAAGUAAAAAUUAGGUAAUGAUUAAUUGUUUGACUUAAUCUUAUUAUGUCCUGUUAAUUUGUUAUUUUUUUACUGUAAGCUACGUUAUCGUAAUAAAAGUUACUCCUCUUUGAAAAAGGUUA